UACCGAAAUUUAUUAAUGUUUACGAGUCACAUACAAUUAAUGUCUAGUCCACCUCUGGAUUCUGCCAAGGGAACACGUACGAUUAAUCGCGUACGUAGCAACGCAGCGACCAAAAGCAUGGAUCUGCUCGGUUUAACUUUCCAGUCUCUGGAUUUCAGGGACAGUAAACCUCAAGAAGACGAUUUCCUUGACUUGGAAAACCAAGAAUGCGAGGAGUCUUGCAAACAAUCUAAGAAAAAACCAUGGGAAAAAUCUAAAGAAGACUUGACAUCGUGUACCAAGACCGAAAACCAGCAUCCAAACCAACAACUGAGGAUGAUUAGCUUGGACGAAGUUGCGUGGCAUGACACUGCUAGCAAUUGCUGGAUCGUGAUACACGAUUUUGUUUACGACUGCACAGAGUUGUUGAAGAACCAUCCUGGUGGAUCAGACGUGAUUCUUGAAUACGCUGGCAGAGACGCGACUUUGCCGUUCUUUGGCACUGGACACUCUUCUAUGGCGAGGCAGAGCUUAGAGAGAUACCUCAUUGGUGAACUUCCGCUCGAAGAAAGAAUCUUUCGUGUAUCCAACGGUGUCAAAGUCGCUGGACUUUAAUGUAUAAUUACGUUUGAUAUUUUAUUUGUUGGAUGAUUUUUGUUCAAAGACACGUUAUAAAUAUAUAUCGUGUUUUGUGUGUGUGUGUGUGUGUGUGUGUGUGUGUGUGUGAAGAUUUCGAAAUUGUAAAAUUUGACUUAACAUUAAUCUUAUACAGUAUGAAGGUUCUGGAAUUGCAAACGGCGAUAAUUACGCGAUUAGACGUAAAGAUCAAAGACCAAGGUCAAUUUCAGUUUUCUCGAUGUUAUUAGUCUUGCGACGAAUUUUUCCGUGCGCUGCCGUCCUUUUAUGCAUCAUGCGAUUAAAUAUCUGUAUUAAGUGUAUCAAGUUCCUACGUUCUCCUUUUACAGUGAUAGAAUAAAGAUAUUUUAUGAAGUCGUUCCUUAAAUCGACGAAAGAAACGUA